AUGAAACCAAAGGAAUUGAAGGAAUAUAUUUCCAAGGCUAUGAAAUUAAAAGGAAAAGUAGUUAAUUACACUAAAUUGAGGCCGCUCAACGCUAAACCGAAUUCUGGUCAUGCUUCUGAUGGAUCUUCUUCUCCUAGUGAAUAUAGAAAUACUGAUUUUCCUGGUCCUAAUCCAAAUCAUUCGAUAAAUUUGAAUUUACCGCCACAAGAUUCACCUCAACCCACCCCUUUUCCCGACUACAACCCGACUCAAUACUCCACUGAUUAUUACCCACCUCAACCUCAAUAUCCCUCCAAUUACUUUCCACCAAUAUUUGAGUCUCAGCUUCAACCCAAUUAUUAUCCACCACUCCAAAUAGAGUAUCCGACCGGACCAAAUUAUUAUUAUGGAUCAGGAUCUAUGCAACCUACCAAUAACAUGGGUUCUGGAUAUCAAUCGAAUGAUAUGCCACCUACAAAUAAUAUGGGUUCUGGAUAUCAAUAUGGAUAUCAAUCAAAUGAUUUGCCACCCACCAAUAACAUGGGUUCUGGAUAUCUAUCUGAUAUCAUACAACCCUAUAAUAACAUGGAUUUUGGCAAUUAUAACAACAACAAUGGGAACAACAACAACAGUGGGAACAACAACAAUGGGUACAACAACAACAAUGGGAACAACAACAAUAACAAUGGGGACCAAGAUGGUUGCUUUAUUAUGUGA